UGAAGGUCGGCCGUCGUGUCGAGAAAAGGUGGGUAGUGCUGUUUACUUGCAUGACGUCAAGAGCAGUACAUUUGGAGGUGGUCCCAUCACUCGAUACAAGCAGCUGUAUAAUGGCAAUUCGCUGCUUCAUGUCGAUUCGUGGACUGCCACAGUGCAUCAUGACUGAUAAUGGGACCAACUUCACCGGUGCUAACCAAGCGUUGAAGACACUGGUGAAGACGCUGGAUCAUCCACAGAUUGAAGAAUCAUUGAGUGUUAGAGGUGUUCAAUGGAAGUUUAUACCGCCUGGUGCUCCUCAUUUUGGAGGCUGCUGGGAGCGAUUGGUACGUUCCGUUAAAACUGCUCUUCGUGCGAUGUUGCAGGAACGACAACCCACCGACUUGGUGCUACGUACUGCUUUGUGCGAGGCAAUGAACACAGUAAACAACCGACCGUUGACGCAUGUUGCAGAUGACCCGUUGGAUCCAGAACCGUUGACACCGAACAUGUUGCUGCUAGGACGAAACAAUACAAUCCAAUUCGACCAUGAUUUCGAUGAACGAGACCUAAGCUGCCGUGCUGCGUAUAAGCAUGCUCAGAUUUACGCGGAUCGUUUCUGGCGUAGAUGGGUUGCAGAGUAUCGUCCGGAGCUGAUCCGAAGUCGCAAGUGGCCUGACAGCAGAAGCUAUCACGACUACAAAGUUGGUGACAUCGUGAUGAUAGUAGAUGAAAGUUUGCAUCGUGGUACCUGGCCAAAAGGUGUGGUGGAAAAGGUCUAUCGUGGUCCGGACGGGAAGGUUAGGACAUUGUUGGUCAGAACGAUGAAGUCAACCUACAAGCGUCCAGUCAGUAAGAUUGUUUUGCUGCAAGCCAUCAGUUCGGUUCCUGGCCUGGAGAAUGUUGCCAACACUGCAAGCACCUAGUUUUGCUCGGGUACCGGGCUUCCAAGGAAACAGCAAAAAACAAACCGCAGGAGGCGAAGUACGUGUAUGUACUGAUCGGGAAUAGAGGAAUCUGGAUUUGGAGUUCCGUUCCCAGCACGCAGCUAAACUGAGUCUGGUCCUUCUUCCGCAGGUGAGCACUGUCCCGCUGUUUGCUACCAGGA